AACCAAGUAUGAAUAAACAUAAUACAAACACGAGCAAAUGUGAUCCAUUUUAAAGGAACUUCCAAAAGGAUCGUGAGCAGUUAACCGCGAGUUGGGACUUCAGUGGUGACCCAUGUCCUAUGGAGAGUUACACUUGGAGCAUACAAAGGCUGGAUAGUACCGUUUUCAUGAAACCACUACAACUUCCAAAAGGUCAACUCUUUGGUGUACACGAUGGUUUGAACUUGCAAGAUGGGGACGAAUUUUUUGUUAUCGUACAGGGAGUGAACUCCCUUGGAUAUGUGCACACUGAACGAUCAGAUGGUAUAACUAUAAGGCAAGAGCCACUGAUGCCAGGUAUAGUACGGGAUGGACCUGUGUUUGGAGUUGAUUUCAAUGUGCAGCCUUCCAUUACUGAGCUAUGGGGAAAUUGGGAUGCCUUUGGAAAAACAAAAGAGGAAAAUCCAGAUCUGAUUGAUGGUGGUAAUCCGGAUAUUGAUCCAAGGAUCGGAGGUCAUCAAGAAAUAAUUUACUACGAGGUUGCAGUUGGAAAUGACCGUCGAUAUCCCAACACAAGAACUAACAUCCAUCCAUAUGUUCGAGUGGAUUUGAAUCAGACCUGGCACUUCACUGACCUAGAAUUGUUGCCAGAAAUAGGCCACUAUUAUAUUACUGUGAGGGGCAUUGGUAGUUCUAGUGCUUCGCGUACACAAACAUCAAAUGGCAUACGAGUUGGUGUUGGAGGAACAGUCGUGAAACAAGGAAAAUUACAACUCGCAAGUUGCAUACCGUCAACAAGAGAUAUAUCUUUCUCUUGGGAAGGCUUUGAGUUUGGUUUACCAGUUAUGUUCUAUCAAUGGGGAAUCUCCUCUAAUCUGUCUGCAGUGAACAACCUAACUUGUCAACAAUUACAAUUGUUUGAGCAUAAGGAAACCGAAAAUUCAGUAUUCCUUAACGCGUUCGACAUACAGCCAAUGAUAAACGUUCUGAAAACCACCUUCGUGGAACAAAAUGGCCUAAAGAUGCAGCAUGGGAAGGCGUAUCUGGUUGUUGUUAUAGCAACUGAUGAAUCGGCAAUAUGUUCAAUGGUUACAAAGGAGAUAUUAGUAGAUACAACACCACCAAUCUCUGGAGUCAUCAAAGUCGGUCCUGAAAAUAACCUGGGCGUGAUGUUUGCUGAUCAAUCGGACAGAAUGACCGUGUCAUGGCAAAAUUACAAUGAUCCUGAUUCAAGUAUGGAGAACUACAGACUGACGCUGUUUGAAGGGGGUCUUUGUACAGGCGGAGAUAUGAGGACCCCUUCAAUUGCCAUAACCGAUGCUAUUAUUUUAGAACCUGAUGCCUCAGAGUAUACGUUCUACCAGUUAUAUCUGAAGAACGACAGACCAUAUUUUGUGCAUUUGGAGGCAAGUAACUGCGCCGGCCUCAUCGUCAGUAACUAUACGGUGCCAAUCUUGUUGGACCAACAACCUCCUAUUCCAGGUGACGUUAAAGAUGGCACUGACUUUAGCACAGAUAUUGAGUUUCAGAAUUCUACAACAUUUAUAAAUGCCUCAUUUUUACAUCAAUUGAAACCAUCAGGAGGUGCAGAUAUAUGUCCUGAGAACAUCAUUGAUCUAACAUUAGCAAAUUGGAACAAGAUCAAUCAUGUCGGUAUAUGGGGAGUGGAUGGUAAUGUAAUACACGAUAAACAUCAGUCCAGAAGUAAGAAUGGAGUUCUCGAGUUAAUCAUGAUGCCUGACGUAAAGACAACACGUAUGUUGGCUGGAGCAUUGGACAGGGAAAUAGAUGGGACGUCUGGGAAAUAUAAGUUUGAAGUAAAAGCUGCCAGUUCGGAAUUGUACGGCGUAACAAGUGUUGUGUUGAGGGAGGGCCCCCCUGGAGUGUUUGUUGAUUACGAUAUCAAUAUAACAGAACAUAUAGUGUCAGGUAACGGUUCACUGUCUAUGAGGUCAAGUGAUGGAAGCGUUACACCUGUGGAUGCAUUCCCAUAUACGUUGGAUGAUGAUUCUUACAAAGGUCCGCUUAAUGCUUCAACUUUACAAAACUCGUGCGGAUUUCAGCUACAUCCAGCACUACCAUGCGAUAAUACCAGUUAUGCAACCUUGUGGUGCACAUGGCUUGCUGAUCCGAAACAAUCUAAAUUUGAAAUAAUAGCACUGGAGUUUGAUCCGUCAACCGCCCUCCAUACAUACACUAUUAUAUUAAACAAGGAGUCAAACUCGAUUCAACUAGCUGUCGAUGGAAAAGUGAAAACUACAAUGUAUCAAAUCCCAAAACUAGAUGCUCCAUGUCUUCUCAGUAUGGCAGUCAGGAACAAGGACUUGUUCUAUCCAGAGACAUAUGAUCCAUUUAACCGACCCCAUGUUCGAGCGUCUUUUUAUAAAAUCAGUUUGCCACAAGGUAAAGGAACUCAUUGCAAUUAUGGAAAACCUUUCCAAAAUACAGGAACAGGAAUAACAAUUUUUAGCAUGGGACUAGGAACAAAUAAAAAUGAGACAGACGUGAUACCAUUCCAGGAGGUAGUUGAAACAUGUCUUCCAUGUAGUUCAGCUUGUGAUGCUCUGUUUUGUGAUGCAUCAUGUGUCGAGCCAAUGAAGAUGUACACUAUUAUUUGGGAUGACCUGGAUUUGGAAGAUAAACAAUAUGUAUCUACAAACAACACUUAUGAAAAUAGAACUGUUGCCGCUACCUACUUUGUACAUGUUAAAUCUCUAACGGGCUCAGGAUUAUACACAUCAGCGACAUCUAACGGUAUUACCAUAGACACCAGUGGCCCAUUAGUUGAUAUAUUGUACCAUGUUGACAUAUCUGUGUCUGAUAAGAACAGGGUGGUUCAUCAAGGUCAAAAUCACACAAUAGCAGCUAGAUGGGAUGCAUAUGAUAUGGAAAGUCAGGUCGUCGGGUUUGAAUGGGCGAUAGGGACCGAACCAUUCGCGACGGAUAUACAGUCAUACCGAUGGAUGGGUAAUCAGAAACUUGGUAAAAGUGAUGAUCUCAGUGCGGUCCUCCAGGAUGGGCACACUUAUUACGUGUCUGUGAGGGUCACGAAUCGUGCGGGUGGUCAAACAGUUAA